AUGAAUUCAUUGCAUCUCUGUGUGGUCAAACAUGAGUUACUGAUUAGUGGCUUGGCAGAGAUAGUCGUUUGGAAGAGAUACAGUGACUUUAAGAAACUGCACAAAGAUCUCUGGCAAAUUCAUAAAAACCUAUGCAGACAUACAGAACUCUUUCCACCUUUUGCCAAAGCAAUAGUAUUUGGGCGAUUUGAUGAAACUGUGAUUGAAGAAAGAAGGCAAUGUGCUGAAGAUCUGUUGCAGUUUUCUGCUAAUAUCCCUGCUCUGUAUAACAGCAAACAGCUUGAAGAGUUUUUUAAGGGUGGAGAAGUACAUGAUGGGUCUGAACUGAUUGGUCCUGUUGAGCCUCUGUCCGACUCUCUGACUGACAACCUGUCUGACUGCAGCUCUGAAGUUCGAAAGGAUUUAAGUGGGCUUGAUGAUGUGACACUUACGAGCCAGUCAGAAUGCGGAGGCUUCUCCAGUGACAGUGACCUGAUCUCUUUGACAGUUGAUGUAGACUCUCUUGCUGAAUUAGAUGAUGGAAUGGCAUCCAACCAAAGUUCUCCCAGUAGAGCUGUUGGCCUUUGCCUUACAUCUGAACCCCCAGUACAAAGCACGCUGGCACCUGAGCAGGAGUGGAGCAAACCCGAAGGAGAGAGGGAAAGCCAUGGUCUGUUUACUGGAAGCUUAAAACCCAAGCCUGGCAAACAAGAUUACUUGGAGAAAGCAGGCGAGUUGAUAAAACUCGCCUUGAAGAAGGAGGAGGAAGAAGAUUAUGAAACUGCCUUCAGCUUUUAUAGAAAGGGGGUUGAUCUGCUUCUGGAAGGUGUUCAAGGUGAAUCAAGUCCAACUCGUCGAGAAGCAGUGAAAAGGAAGACUGCAGAAUACCUUAUGCGUGCAGAAAAAAUUUCCAGUCUCUACCAUAAAUCCUCUGAAGAUGCAUCUGUUUCUAUGCCUCGAGGAUCACUAAGUUCAAGGCCCUCUUGGAACCUAAGGAGCCCUGCCGAGGAACUGAAGGCCUUCAGAGUCCUUGGGGUGAUUGACAAGGUUUUGCUUGUAAUGGACACUAGAACACAGCAGACUUUUAUACUGAAGGGUCUAAGGAAAAGUAGUGAGUACAGCAGGAGCAGAACGACCAUCAUCCCCCGCUGUGUGCCCAACAUGGUGUGUCUGCACAAGUACAUCAUCUCCGAGGAGUCUGUCUUUCUCGUGUUACAGCAUGCAGAAGGAGGAAAACUGUGGUCUUAUGUCAGUAAGUUCUUAAACAGAAGUCCUGAAGAGAGCUUUGAAAUUCCUGAAGCCAGAACAUCCAGUUCAACUAAAAUUUACCUGGAGCAGCCAACACCUAGUCCUAAAGAAAUCGGUAGCAGCACUGAUUCCAGAGAAAGCUACAGGGAGAGCAUGCUGAAGGUGGUCCCACUGAAGAGCAGCCUAACGCCGAGCUCUCAGGAUGACAGCAGCAACCAGGAAGAUGGCCAAGAGAGUUCCAAGUGGAUGGACUCAGGAUCCAGCUCAGAAGAAGAGUGCACUACUAGUUAUUUAACAUUAUGCAAUGAAUAUGGGCAAGAAAAGAUUGAUUCUGGCUCUCUAAAUGAGGAACCAGUGGUUAAACUGGAGAGCGAAGGUCUAAAUACCAAAGAGAGAAGUUGCUUACAGAAAUGCAGUGUCGUUGGCAGUGAUAGCUUCACCUCUCAGAUUGCACCUCAGGAACGAAAGCUUUUCAUUGACAACGCUGAGUCAGAAAUAGCUAGCCCUACUAGGAUAUUGGACUCAUUAACUAAAUCAAAGAGCAGCCCCAUGGAACUCUUCAGGAUAGAUAGCAAAGAUAGCACUAGUGAGCUCCUCGGGCUUGAUUUUGGAGAAAAAUUAUAUAACCUGAAAUCGGAGCCUUUGAAGCCAUUGUUUUCUGUCCCAGAUCAUGACAGAAGCGUGGAUGCCCUAGAGAGCAAAAUGGAUGUGAGAGCUCAUGACACCGUAAGCAGGGGUUCAAAUGACUCUGUGCCAGUUAUCUCCUUUAAGGAUGCUGCUUUUGAUGAUGUAAAUAGCAUUGAUGAAGGAAGGCCUGAUCUCCUAAUAAACUUACCUGGUAUGUCUGAUGAAACAGAAGAGGCAGCAGUGUCAAGGCCAACAAAGUUUACAAAAACUGAUAGGGAUAUGUUGGAAGUAAAGUUAUUAGAAACACCUGAUGUCUUACAAUUAAAUAAUUCUGCAGAGCCAUGCAAAACAUUUGAUCAAGAGCCAAAUCAUGUGGCACCAGAAGUGGGUGAUCCUUCCCGCGAGGAAGCAAAUGGACAAAGCGGUGUCACUCGGGGAGCUCUUGGGACCCUCUUUACAUCUGACCAAGAGGUAGGUAGUUCAGAAGACGGGGCUCUGUUUCAAGGGCUUGGAGCCUGCUCCUUAAACGUGACAAGCAAAGAAGAAAGUUUGUUUAUUUCCAACCCGCUCUCAGGUGCUCAAGAUGUUAGCUUGGAUGGAGACAUGUUAAGAAAUGAAGCAGUGUUGCUGUUUUCUGAUCAAACUGAAGACUUUGGGAAGGAGGAAAUAGAUUCGGCUUUGUUACCAGCAGCUGAAAGUAAAGAGACAGCAGCGAAGAGGGAAGACAAAACAGCAGUGGCAGGGGAGAAGGAAAUACAUCAAAUUUUUCAGAACCUCGACGAAAGAUUAGCGAUAACCUCCAGGUUUUAUAUCCCAGAGGACUGCAUUCAAAGAUGGGCAGCUGAAAUGGUUGUAGCCCUUGAUGCUUUACAUAGAGAAGGAAUUGUGUGCCGCGAUUUGAACCCAAACAACAUCUUAUUGAAUGAUAGAGGACACAUUCAGCUAACGUAUUUUAGCAGGUGGAGGGAGGUUGAAGAUUCCUGUGACAACGAUGCCAUAGAGAGAAUGUACUGUGCCCCAGAGGUUGGUGCUAUCCUAGAAGAGACAGAAGCCUGUGACUGGUGGAGCCUGGGUGCCAUUCUUUUUGAACUCCUCACCGGGAAGACUCUGGUUGAGUGCCAUCCAUCAGGAAUAAACACUCACACUUCUUUGAGUAUACCAGACCAUGUAUCAAAGGAGGCCCGAUCACUGAUUCAGCAGCUUUUGCAGUUUAAUCCUGCGGAGCGUCUUGGUGCUGGUGUUGCUGGAGUUGAAGACAUCAAAUCUCAUCCAUUUUUUGCCCUUAUAGAAUGGGCAGAUCUGCUGAGAUGAGAGAUGCAUGCCCUCUGAACAAACUCAGGUCAAGCGGACAAGUUUCUCUGGCACAGAAGCACCCUGACUUGCUUCCUUUGGAUGUCCCAAACCAUUUGGACGUGAUGACUAAAGGACGCUGGAGCAAUCAGGCCCAAAGUGAACACUUUUAACAGGAAUCACUGGUUGUACAGGGGGCUAGCUUGUUUUGAUGGCAACUGGUUGCUAUGUGUGUGUAAGUCUUUUCACCAAAGGGAGGUUUGAGAUGAAACUCCUGGGCAGCAUGUUUAGCACUGCCAGCUUGUUGACUAAGUAGAUACAGGAAUGUGCUCCUGGUGCUUUGUCUGAUGAUGGAAGUGUCUAUAGACUGUGCCAGUUGAAAGUAUCUUUUAUAGUGUCAAUAGACCAUUUCCCUAUGCUAAGUGCAGCUCUGGGAGGGCGGGGGGGACGAAGGAGCAAAUAAUUUAUUAAUGGUAUAUGCUGAAUAAAAUACUAAAAUGCUUUAUGCAAAAGUUGAUACGUUAAAAAUAAUAUAUCCAUUAAAAAUUAAGAAAGCUGUUGCAUAAUACUGUGGAAUGUGUCUUGAAAAUGGCAUAUCAUUUCCCACUGUGGAAAGAGCAUAU